AACGGCGCACCGCCGCGCCGCGCCGCGCCGUUCCCUCCGUUCGCGCUCGUCGUCCCGCGGUCGGCCCCCGCGAUGCAUCGCGCGCAUCGCGCCCGCGACGGAGCCCCGAUCGACGCGCGUUGUUGGGCGUAGCCGGCGGCAGCGAGAAACGACACGGGAGCGUGCGUGCGUGCGUGCGUGCGUGCCUGCAUGUCCGCCUAUCCGCCUGACCUGCGCUUGCCAUUGCCCGUUCUUGCCUGCCUGCAUGCGUGCGUAAGCUGCUGCGGAACUGCCCCGCUCGUCGCUGCCAUUACGAAGUGCGAGCGAGGGGGCGACGAGGCGUCGCGUGUGUGCGCGUAUCUGUGCCUGUGUGGGUGGGUGUGUGUCUAGUCGCGGUGCCUAGUGCCUCGUAACCGGUGCGCGCGUACCCGCGCCGUGCACGAAAGGGAGAUACGUAGACGACGGAACCUCUCUCUCUCUCUCUUUUUCCUCUUCCGUCCGUCUCUUUCGCGCUUCGUCCCCACGCGUCGUCGUCGUGAAACUCGGCCCGCCUAGACGGCCAAGAUCGAACGGCGGCAGGCCGAGGCAUGUCGUCGGUAGCAUCGUAGCUCGGGAUCCCGGAUUCGAGAGCGCGAGGUGAAGCCCCAGCAUGGCCAGCAGAUGACUGUUAGCCGAGCCGGUGCUCGUACUCGACUCUAAUAUGAGCGAAGUGGUGGCGGUGACGCCGACUGGUGGACCUACGCGCCAGGAAAGCGUGACACACAUCAAGCGGCACAAGCUGGCCGGCUGUAAUGUUCCUCUCGUGCACGGUCGGCCGAAUCCGUCGAUCAGUCCACGCAGCAGACUGACCACGCAUCAACGAAACCACAGUUUGGACUUCAGAUCAAUGGGUAUCCUACUACCGCCGGUGCCUCAGGCGACCGCUACGACGCUGACGCACCAUCACAGGAACCGGAGCCUGGACUCCGCCCUGCAACGAAUCCCGGAGGUGGACGUAACGCCGAGUCCGGAAUGCGAGAAUCCCACGCCCUCGUCGGUCUCUAAGACGACGACGUCGUCGUCAUCGUCAUCCUCGGGAUCAUGCGGAAAGAGCGCGCGCACCGCGCGGGAACGCGAGGACCUGGCCAGUCUCGGCUCCGACGACUCCGGCAUCCUGUGUGGCUCCGACAGCGGCUCGAGUGACGCCACGAAUGCGCCCGCGACCCGCGAGUCUAGCGUGGACCAUCUGCACAGCCGCGAGAGCCUCGACUCGUCCGUGUCGCAGCCGGGCGACGUGUACUCGGUCGACGCGGUGGACGGUAUGGAGAACAGUGCCGGUGCGGUGUCAGUGUCGAUGUCGAUGUCGGUGCCGGUGUCACCUGUGGAACUGUCCACGCGUCUCAGUGACAGUCCGGCGUCUCCCGUGUCCCCUAAGAACGAAGCCGACGACGACCGUUCCCGGUGCGACGGCGCGAACGACGGUGACGAGUGUUGCUCGCAGGAGCCGCGGCCAAACAUGAACGUGCGAGAGCGCGGCGGCGGCGACGGUCAACGUGACUAUCAGCAUCAGGAGUGCGUCGACAACUAUCAAGACGCUAUGCAAGUGUCGUCACCGCCGCCCGCGGCCGACACGAGCCAGAGCGAGCUGACAGGAGCGGCCAUGACCCUUUGCUGCGGCACAACUGCGACGCAGCAGCAGGAAGUCGAGACGGUGAAGAAGCAGUCGGACCUUGUCCGUCGGCAGAAGCAGGAAACGAAGCAACCAAAGCCCUCGGAAGGCUGUCUGCUGCGGCUCUUCGAGAGUCAAAUAUUCGACAUGUCCAUGGCUAUAUCUUAUCUGUUCAAUUCCAAAGAACCAGGCGUUCAGAGUUAUCUAGGUAACAAGAUGUUCAGUUUUCCGGAUAACGACGUGGACUUUUACUUACCGCAGUUAGUUGUGAUGUACAUACAACUUCACGAUGUAACAGAAGUCCUUUAUCCAUAUCUUGUCUAUAGAUGUAGACAGUCAGCGGAUUUCUCAUUAAAGUGUGCCUGGCUGCUGGACGCGUACAGUUCUGACGCUCAUUUGCCGUCAAAGAAGAAGUCUCAUGGGACCAAAUUGAAAAAUCUUAUCCUGUCAGAUGAACUCAGGCCAAAGGGAAACGAAGGUCGAAAGCAGCGUGGAUUGCAAGUUCCUGCGCCGUCACCAUUGCCCUCGACGCAAAAUCUCACGUCGCCGAACAAGAAAACCCACCAAAGAUCUCAGUCUGACGCUACUGGAUUGUUCCAGACUAUACGCCGUAGUCAUUCCGGUAUAAUAAGUAAAGUAAGUCUUGGGGACCUGAGCUCUGGUCGAGCGUUUGACAACGGCUGUACCUGCUUUUAUUCCUGCCAAGGUGUGGUGAACGAUUUGCGAGGCCAAAAGACCGAUUGUGUUUGCAAUGCACCCCGACUCGCGCCAGAAUUCGAAUUUAUUCAAGCUCUAAUAUCAAUUGGUAAAUUGCUCGGGACUAUCCCAACAAAGGAAAGUAAAACCGUUCAAUUAGUGGCAGAGCUCAAUACGCUUAAUUUGAAUCUCCCCGCGAGGGUGUGGCUUCCUCUGCACAGCACGAUACCGCAUCAUAUCGUGCGAGUUCCACCACAAUACGCCGCCGUUCUCAACAGCAAGGACAAGGCACCUUAUAUAAUAUACGUAGAGGUAUUAGAGGUGGAGGAUUUAUAUACAUCGCCCGUGCCGACGAAAAUAAUGGGCAGUUCGCUGAGGCACACCAAGUCUGAGGAGAACUUGACGGGCGGCGAGCAGUCCAAUAUAUCCACCUCGGAUAGUCAACAGAAUUCGACGGUACGACAAACUCCCGUAAAAAAUAUCUCGCCCUAUUCCGUUAGGAAUACAGAUGUGGCAUUUAAUUUCCCCGAUGACGAUCCUAACGACUGUUGGAGUCAGGAGGACGACGAGAUCACGCAGCAGUAUUUGCAGCUUCGCAAGCCAAAAGAUCGGGACACCAUAUCGCAACUGAGUCAAGAAUCGUCCGACAGCAGGGAACCGAUCUUUGUGCCGGGCGAUAUCAAGAGACGAUUAAGUGAGAUGGCAGCUACACCGAGCGCGACUUUCAGCCACGAUCCUGAGGACCCAUCGGCGGCGGUCCUCAAGGAGCCAUGGGAGCAGAAGCAACGACGCAUAAGAGCUUCCAGUCCGUAUGGGCAUUUGGCAUCUUGGAGAUUACUUGCGGUAAUCGUGAAAUGCGGCGAUGAUCUCCGACAAGAACUUCUCGCUUCGCAAUUGCUCUCAAUGUUACAGAAGAUUUGGCAAGAUGAACAAGUGCCCCUUUGGGUACGGCCGUACAAAAUACUGUGUCUAUCCAACGACAGUGGUCUGAUCGAGCCUAUCUUGAACACCGUCUCGCUCCACCAAGUGAAGAAGCAGUGCCAAUUAACACUUUUCCAAUACUUUGAACGAGAGUUCGGCUCUUCUACCUCAGAGACGUUCCGAGUGGCGCAGAGGAAUUUCAUUCAGAGCUGCGCCGCGUAUUGCCUGGUCAGCUAUCUCAUUCAAGUGAAAGACCGUCACAAUGGCAAUAUCCUGCUGCACAGCGACGGCCACCUGAUUCACAUAGACUUUGGAUUCAUUCUGUCGACCUCGCCGCGAAAUCUCGGCUUCGAGACCAGCCCGUUUAAACUGACGCCGGAAUUUGUCGAGGUGAUGGGUGGCAAUCAGUCCAAGCUCUUCGAGGAAUUUAAGAGCCUCAUUCUUCAAGGCUUAAUUGCGGCACGGAAGCACAUGGAGAAAAUAGUUAACCUCGUUGAGAUUAUGUUGUCGGGCUCUCAGCUUCCGUGCUUCCGCAGUGGUGGGGCGGCGACUGUUCAAGGUCUCAAGAAUAGGUUCCACCUCACGUUAACGGAGGAUCAAUUGCGUCGGCAUGUUGAGGACUUGGUCGAAGGCAGCAUUCACUCGUGGUCCACUAAACUCUAUGAUCGAUAUCAAUAUUUCGCAAACGAGAAACGUGGUGGAGCCGAUCAAAUCUAGACACAGUGAAGUGACGUGUUAACGUGGCAAUCUUAGCGUGGAGCUGAUUGAGCAUGAAGCGGACAAUCUAUAAUUUGUACAUAUAGCAAAGGAAAAAAAAGGAAACACUGCGUGGACUUUCGUAGGUAAUUCGCGGCAAUAAAAAAAAAAGUAGAGCCCACUGAACGGUAGGGCAGAAUCAGCGAAUCUCCAUCCCCGGGGGAAUUCUAACGCAAUUCGUCGGCGAGUGCGUGAGAAGGCUACGUACAAAAGAAUAGGCUCGGAUAUUAGCGCGGGAGGCGAAUACUCAAAAUAUUUCCUAUUUCGUAGAUUAGUACUCUUCGAUAAAUACAUCUAAUUGUACACGCGGUAUGAAUUAAGGACUUAGCAUUAUACUAUAGCCGAAUCUUAAGGAUCACAUUUGAAAGUUUUUACAUGUUCUUAUAUUACGUAAACAUUCAUUCCCUCCCCCCUUCCUUCCCCCUUCCCUUCCCAUAGCCGUGAAUACGAGGAGCGUGUCGUAGCUGUGUACGGAGGAUAAUUAUUUAAUCGUAAUUUCUCGCGUGACGUUUUACGUACGUAUGUCCGUUUAAGUAAAUUAUAUAGAUAUAUAUAGAUAAAGUAUAAAGAGAUAUUGUGUACAUAUAUAUAAAAAAAAUGACAAAUUUUAUCACCUUAUUAUAAAUGUAUCAGUUAAGAAUUUAAUCGAGGAUGAAUGUUCGAAGCAAAAUCAAAGUUACGGCUGGAGCCAGCCCGGAGUACCAGAGAGACCUGGGCCCUCUGACUUCCAAGUGUCUUAUAUCUUUCUCUCUCUCCCUCUCGCUCUCCUUCUGUCUCUUCUUCUCUUAUCAUAACCGUCUCAUGAUAGACAGGCAGACCAGAAAUCGGAUGCGACUACAGGAUGAUUGAGAGAAUGCGAAACUAUCCGUCGAUACUGCGACACAUUGGUUGUCUCUUAUUUUUAGUCUCGGCGGGCUCUCGUAAAAAUUGUAUAAUAUAUUAUAUACGUGUGAUUAAUGUGAGGGACUUUAACAUUCUCAUUGUUAUGCUGUGUAAGAAUGAUUGCGGAGGGAUACGCGAAGGGGACGUCACAGCCCUCUCACCCCCGGUCGACUGAACGUGCCCGAACUUGCUUCCUGUUCUGUCGACACGUGAAACGUCAAGAUCUCUGAUUUGCCUUGAUCUUUCACCUCAUUACAAGCUAUUGAUAAUAUCCAUCAUUGAAUAAAUACGAAUGCGAUAAAACAAAGAAAA